AUGCGCGCCGCUCUCGUCGCUGCCGCCGUGCUCGCUGCCUCGGCCCACGCCCAGCGUCAGCACACCACUCAGGAUGAGCUAACGAUCAGCCGUACCGUCUACACCUACCCCGGCGCUGCCGGCGCGGACGAGGAGCUGACGACCGUCCCGACCGGGCGCCACACGACGACGCUAUGGGACUUCAACGGCGACCCGGUCGUCACGACGUGGACGGGCACCCGUAUCCCGACUCUGUCGACGCCAGCCGAGGAGGAGGCCCCGACGACAACGUCGACGAAGGAGGCCGUGGACGACGCCGGAGCCGGAGCGGGCGGCGCCCAGGGCGGCAACAAGGGCAUCCAGGGCCCGCCGACGACGACCUACCCGCCCAUGACGGCGACGACGUACGGAUACAAGAACCAGGCCGGCGACUGGGUCACGACCGAGUGGACGCAGAGCUGGACCGCGCCCGCCGAGGCCACCGCCGAAGUGUCCCAGGGUACCAUCCAGGGCAUGCAGGAGUACAAGGACGCGCAGAAGAGCUUCACCGACAAGGCCGUCCAGCCCGGGUCGGCGAAGCAGGGCUCGUCCUCUGGCGCGGAGCGUGUUGCCCCCGGCGCCGCCGCCCUCCUCGCGGCCGUUGCGUUCUACGCCUUCUAA